AUGCCUCCCGUGGCUGCAGAGGCACUGAUGAGGGCGAUUGAAUAUGAGCCAGCAGUGUGCCCAGGUAGCCAAGAGGGCCAAUGCCAUCCUGGCCAGUAUCAGAAAUGGAGUGGCCAGCAGGAGCAGGGAGGUCAUUCUUCCCCUGUACUCGGCACUGGUGAGGCCUCACUUGGAGUAUUGCAUCCAGUUCUGGGCCCUCACUUUAGGAGGGAGGUUGAGUUACUUGAGCGUGUCCAGAGGAGAGCAACGAAACUAAUAAAGGGCUUGGAACACAAGCCAUAUGAAGAGCGACUGAGGGAGCUGGGAUUGUUCAGCCUGGAGAAAAGGAGACUAAGGGGUGACCUCAUCACUCUCUACAACUUCCUGAAGGGUGGCUGUAGUGAGCUGGGGGUCGGCCUCUUUCUCCGAGCAACAACGGAUAGAACAAGAGGACACAGUCUCAAGUUGCGUCAAGGUAGAUGUAAGUUAGAAGUAAGAAGGAAAUACUUCACAGAAAGAGUGGUCAGAAACUGGAAUCAUUUACCCAGUGAGGUGGUGGAGGCAUCAUCCCUUGAAGAAUUCAAAAAAAGACUGGAUGUGGCACUUGCUGCCAUGAUCUAGUUGAACAGUUAGAACAUCGGCUGGACUAG